UAAAUAACAGCCAAGAAAAAAGAAAAAAAAAGCGAAAGGGAAAAGGCACGCCCCCUUCUCCUCCCCUCCCCAGGGCCGAGCUCCCUCCGGAAGCGAAGGGGGAGAACUACAGAUCCCGUCAGGCGCCGGGGCCGGGCCGCGCCUGCGCAGAGAUGGCGGCGGCGGUGGCGGGAAGCGCGGCGCUGAGGUUAUUUUAUUUGUGUUCAGUUCUCCAGUGUGGCUCAUCAUGCAAUGCUUGACGCAGUUCUACCAGUUUUCAAACACAAACUGUUACAGAGAGAAAGGAGACACUUCCGCUGAGAGAAAUAUCUAUUAAAUUCUAUUCUUUAUGUACAAGACUAGAUCCAGACCACUCCAACUCCAUUUCUUUCCUGUAAAUGAGGGAAAUAUGGUAACCGACAGGCUGUUCCUAACAGAAGAAAGAAAAUUCUAACUACUCACAAAUGCUUCUUGUCAGAAUGAAAUUCCUACAGCUGCUGUCCAGGAAACCUGGGAAACUGGGAAUGAUUUUUCAAAUACCUUUUUGCCAAAACCAAUCCCCAUAUUUGUGUCUGGCCACCUCCACUUGUCUUUAUGGUAAGAAGAAAAAAGCAAACAGUUACGAGCAAGUUGACCAAGAAAAAUACAAGAACUUGGUCUACUCUGUUACAUCUUACAAAACCAGUGCCCAAACACCAGAGACAAUACUUGAAGAAGACAAUUUGUUGUAUGGGCCACCUGAUAAACACAGACCUCCAGUUAAAGCUGAAACAAAGACUCCCAAGAACUGCGUCCCUUUAAUAAACCCCAACAAGAGAAUUCCCCUUCUCAGCAGUGAGUCAAACCUCCCCGUGAAAAUCCCUUUACAAAAAACAAAAAUGCCCAGCGUUACUCGUAUUCUUCAGCAGACCAUGUCUCCGCAGCAAGCCUUUUAUCUAGAAAGGUGGAAGCAGAAAAUGAUACAGGAACUUGGAAAAGAUGGUUUUGCAGAGUAUACUAAAAAUCUUUUCCUCCAAGGAGAGCUCUUUCAUGCAGCUUUGGAAUCUAUAUUUCUGUCUGAAGAGACGGCAGCUGAGGAGCAGAGAGAUGACGUUGAUAUUUCCGGCUUCUUAGCGAGCGUGCAGCAUGUCUUAGAAGAUGUCAGCGAGGUGAAAGCCCUGGAAAGUGCCGUUCAGCAUGAGACUCUUCAGUAUCUGGGCCUGGUGGACUGCGUGGCUAAGUAUCGAGGCCAGUUGUGUGUGAUUGACUGGAAAACUUCGGAGAAACCAAAGCCACUUCUGAAGAAUACUUUUGACAACCCACUACAGGUUGCAGCAUAUAUUGGAGCCAUAAAUCAUGAUGCCAAUUAUGACUUCCAGGUGAGCUGUGGACUCAUUGUGGUUGCCUACAAGGACGGCUCCCCUGCCCAUCCCCAUUUCAUGGAUCCCAACCUGUGCUCGCGGUACUGGAAUAAGUGGCUUUUGCGCCUUGAAGAGUACACAGACAAAAACUGACCCAAACUAAGCUACGCCCGAAGCACGCGGCGUGAGCACAGAGCCAAAGCAAGAAUCCUUUGUUUAAAUCUUCCAUUUGAAUACAUAUUCUUUUUUUUUAGUAACUUCAGUAAAAUAGUCGUUUUCUUAAUAAGCGGGGGUUUCCCCUCCCUCAAUAAAAAAGAAAGAAAAUUGGAGCGGGGCACAUGUAUUUCCUUACAUUGUAGGUGACUUAAGGGGACCUGGCUGGACAGAGUCAACUUAAUUAAUCUCUGGUUUUCCUCACAGAUCUUAUACAACCUGUGGUUGGCAGGAAAGUUUUUCAAUCGAGUCAUCCUUCUUUUGUCAUUUUUGAAAAAAAAAAAAAAAACAAAACAAAACAGCACCUGCUGCAGAACUGAGACUUUGAAAAUGAAGUUGGUGAACUGAAGUAGAAAGGCGUCUGCAUAGUCUGAGCUUAGAGAAAUGCAAACGAUAAACAAAUUAAUAUAGUGGGCUGAGUUUCAGUCAGCUUAGUUCUUGCUCAUCUGAAAGGUAUCUAUUAACAGGCUUGUUACUAUUUGUGGUUUUACUUACGGCAACAAUGCUGAGAAUUAUAACCAAAGUUCUCAUAAGCACUUAUUUAAAAUACUAAGGGAAAGCAAUCACUGUCUCCGGUGCCGGAUUAUAGCGUUGGCCAAUGCUAGGGAGCUUCUUUAUCAAAGCAGGCUUGUCACUUUGAAGCUGGGCCUUCUGAGAAACAAAGAGCUGCUGGUUGGGUUUUGUCAGUUGGGUUUGUUUCGUGUUUUUUUUUCAAAUAAGUUUGUGAAUAGAUGUUCUGAAACAGAAGAGUUAUUUCUGAAGCUUGUCUCUCUGCCUGUAGACUUGGCUUUUAUGAAUAAGCCUUGAUGAUGUCAAGAGGUAUCGCUUUGUGUGUCCUAGACCUGGGCAGCUUUUUUCCUCCUUCUCUUUGUUUACUCUGAGUUGUUUGUACUAGUUUUUGUAAUAACGCUGCAGAUUACAAAUAAAAAUACAACCAACCCAUAAGCUUCAAGAAAA